GCUGGAGAGGCCGCAGCGGGGCUGACUCUUCCUCAGAGCGAAGCGCCUGCGGCUGUGGGUGGCAACGGCUUGGGAGACUCGCUUGCCUUCCGGAGAGCGAACCGCUGCGUCCCCGCCACCACCCACUUCCGGCGGCGAUCUCGCGAGAGCUCCGUCACUCCGCCGUUCCUGCCCGACGAGCUUUGAAAAGCUGCUGCUCUAAUGAAACCCAACCGGGACAGCGUGAGCCCUAAGAUGGAAGGGAAGCCCAAGGACUCCGGUCUUUCGUUCUGUUGCAGCUGGGUUUGCGGUUGCUAGGGGCGGCAUCACUGUCCACAUCUCCCUACCAAGAUUUAUGAUAAAACAGAGAAACCAUGUCUUCUCUCCGAAUAUACCGAGAACUACCCUUUCUAUCACUCUUACCUGCCCAGAGAGUCCUUCAAGCCAAGGCGGGAGUACCAGAAAGGGUCUAUACCAAUGGAAGGCCUGACUACAUCAAGGAGAGAUUUUGGGCCUCACAAAGUGGCACCAGUGAAGGCCCACCAGUAUGACAAGUUCGUCCCAAGUGAAGAGAAUAUGGAUUUGCUCUCGACGUAUAAGAAAGAUUACAAUCCCUACCCUGUCUGUCGAGUGGACCCCAUCAAACCUCGGGACAGUAAAUAUCCAUAUAGCAACAAGAUGGAGUGUUUGCCUACUUAUAAAGCUGAUUAUUUGCCUUGGAACCAACCAAGGCGACAGCCACUUCGUCUGGAACACAAAUACCAGCCAGCAUCAGUCAGGUUUGAUAAUAGGACCACACACCAGGACGAUUACCCCAUAAAAGGCCUUGUGAAGACCAUGAGCUGUAAACCUCUGGCCAUGCCAAAGCUCUGUAACAUACCCUUGGAGGAUGUGACUAACUACAAGAUGAGCUACGUGGCCCACCCGGUGGAGAAGCGCUUUGUGCACGAAGCAGAGAAGUUCAGGCCCUGUGAAAUCCCCUUUGAAAGCCUUACCACUCAUAAACAAUCCUACCGGGGCCUGAUGGGUGAGCCUGCCAAGAGCUUGAAACCUCUAGCCAGGCCCCCUGGGCUAGACAUGCCUUUCUCUAACACCACUGAGUUUCGAGAUAAGUACCAAGCUUGGCCAACGCCCCAGAUGUUCUCCAAAGCUCCCAUCCCCUAUGUCCCUCCCGAAGACAGGAUGGAUCUUCUGACAACAGUGCAGGCCCAUUACACAUACCCUAAGGGUGCCCCAGCUCAGUCCUGCCGACCUGCACGUCAGAUUAGGAAAAGCGGUCGCUUUGAAGGCUCUUCCACCACCAAGGAUGACUACAAGCAGUGGUGCAGCAUGCGCACAGAGCCAGUCAAGCCCAUUCCCCAGCUGGACUUACCCACGGAGCCCUUGGACUGCCUGACCACCACCCGGGCCCACUAUGUGCCCCACCCGCCUAUCAAUACCAAAAGCUGUAAGCCUCAUUGGUCUGGCCCUCGAGGAAAUGUCCCUGUGGAAGGCCAGACCACUUACACCAUCAGCUUUACUCCCAAGGAAAUGAGCAGGUGCCUAGCUUCAUAUCCUGAGCCUCCUGGCUACACCUUUGAGGAAGUGGAUGCUUUGGGGCACAGGAUAUACAAGCCGAUUUCCCAGGCAGGCUCUCAGCAGAGCAGCCAUCUUUCUGUGGAUGAUUCAGAAAACCCCAGCCAGAGGGAGUUGAAAGUGUCAGCCUGAUUUUGAAAAAUUGUAAUUUAGAAAUUACACAGUACUUUUAAAAGCAGACAACUGAGAAUUAUUUGUUGGACAAAAGAAGAAUUCCCUAAAAUGACAGAAAAAAACAAAAAACAAAACAAAAAAAACCUUCACCACUUCCAGAGCACUUGAAUAAAAUGAGAAUCACUUGACUCAGGGAAAAUGACAUUUAAUCACCGGCUAAUUAACUCCCCUUAACUUCUCCUUUACUGCAUCCCCACUUCAUUUCAGGUCCUUUACUUUGUGCUUAUGGAAUCAAAAUUGGUCUCUGAGGUUUUCUCUGAUCCAGAUGUAUUUUAUUAAUUUAAUCAUUAUAUGAACUGACAUAAUGAUUAACCCUUGCCAAGUAUGAAGCACCAAAGAAUAAAUUUUAUUUUGGGGGGAA